AUGACAUCAGAACAUAAGGAUUGUGAUGGAAGAAUUCGAUGUCCUUGUGUGAGAUGUAUAAAUAAUAGGUUUGAAAAAAUAGAUAGGGUUAGAGCACACGUAUUUGAUCGAGGUUUUAUGCAAGGAUAUGAGAAGUGGAUUUAUCACGGGGAGCCUGAGGAUGCUGUCGAUGAUGUAGCAGUUGGCGAUGUUGAAUCAGAGGAUGAAAUGACUCCUAUUCUAGAAGACUUCUUUCCCUCGACAACAAAUGAUGUACAAGGAGAAGAUGAACAACCAACCACAAACCCACAUUUUGAUGACUUAUUUGAGAAAAUUGAAACUGAAUUGUAUCCCGGUUGUGAGAUUUUGUCUCUCAACUUUUUAGCAAAGCUAUUGCAUUUAAAAGUUAGAGGAAAAAUUCCUAAUAACAUCUUUGAAGAAUUGUUGAAGCUGUUAAAGUUUGCAUUUCCGAAGGAAAAUAAUAUUCCAGCAAAUUACUACGAGGCAAAAAACAGAUUGAAGAAAUUAAGCUUGGGUUAUGACUCUAUCCAUGUCUGUUGGUAUAAUUGUUGCUUAUUUUAUAAGGAGAAUGCAUCUAAGGAGGCUUGUCCAGUUUGCGGAACUAGUCGUUGGGUUACUUCCGAGAACGAUGAUGGGGUGUUGCGACACCCGGUCGAUGGUCUUGCUUGGAAAGACUUUGAUGCAAAACAUCAUGAGUUUGCAAGGGACCCGAGAAAUGUUCGACUGGGGUUAGCAGCUGAUGGAUUUAAUCCAUUUGGCAACAUGAGUCUUGCAUACAGCAUGUGGCCAGUGGUGUUGGCUAAUUAUAAUCUACCACCUUGGUUAUGUAUGAAAGAUAAUUAUUUUUUGCUAUCUACCCUAAUUCCUGGUGCAAAAUCUCCGGGAAAAGACAUGGAUAUAUUUUUAAGACCGUUGGUGGAUGAAUUAAAGGAGUUGUGGAAUAAUGGGGUACCAACGAGAGAUAGUUUGACCAACUCGAUGUUCACCAUACGUACUGCGCUUUUGUGGACAGUGAAUGAUUUUCCUGCUCGUAGUAGCUUGUCUGGGUGGAGUGGUCAAGGUUAUAAAGCUUGCCCUACUUGUAAUGAAGACACGACGUCCACUCGAGUGAUCGGGAAGACAUCAUAUGUUGGUCAUAGAAAGUUCUUGCCAAGUAACCAUGCAAUGAGAAGGGAUACUCGAUUUGAUGGUAAAGUUGAAAGAAGACCUCCUCCAAGACGAUUUACUUGUGAAGAGAUAUUAUCACAAGUUAAUACUCUCGAACCUCAAAUUCCCAGACAUCAUGAAAAUUUUGGGGGCGUGAAACGUAGAAGAGUUGCAGAAACUUGUAAUUGGAGGAAAAAAAGUAUUUUCUACGAGUUGGAGUAUUGGAGCACGAAUAUUUUAAGACACAACCUUGAUGUCAUGCAUGUUGAGAAGAAUGUGUGUGACAGUCUCCUAGGAACCAUCUUGGAUAAUGAUAAAUCAAAUGACACAACCAAUGCGCGACAUGAUUUAAAGAAGAUGGGUAUUAGGGAAUCGUUGUGGAUUUAUGAAUAUGGGAAUGGCAGGCUAAUGAAACCGCAUGGUCCUUAUGUUUUGACUCGUGAGAAAAGACAACUAUUUUGUCAGUUUGUUAAAGGAAUGAAGUUUCCCGAUGGCUUUUGUUCAAAUUUAAAGAGCAAAGUUUCUCCAGAUGAGUCUAACAUUACUGGGUUAAAAUUCCAUGAUUGUCAUGUCAUUAUGCAGCGAGUACUAGCGGUUGGUGUCCGUAAAUUUCUACCUCGUGACACUGCAACCACUAUUACUCAGCUGUACAUGAAAAAAUUGAAGAAUUAUGUGGGAAACAAGGCACGUCCUGAAGGGUCAAUUGCAGAAGGUUAUGUUGCUGAUGAGGCAGUAACCUUUUGUUCAAUGUACUUUAAAGGGUGUGAAACAAGAUUUAAUCGGCUUGAUCGAAAUGAAGAUGCGCCUUCUGUGUCUCGCUAUCUCUCAAUUUUUUAUUCUCAAUCUCGUCCUCUGACUAGCGGAAUUAUCAAGCCUCUUGAUCGUAUCGGUCGUGAAAAAGCUGAGUGUGAACAUUUGGACAAGAUCAGGCAUGAAUAUCCUAAUGGUUGUGUGGUGAAUGGUGUUCGGUUUAUUGCGUCUAAGAGAGACCAAAAGCUGAAGACACAAAAUAGUGGUGUUACUGUUGCUGGAACUGAAGGGUUUAAUUAUUACAGAACACUUGAAGAUGUAAUCACUAUAUCUUAUACUGGUGCAUAUACAGUGACAUUGUUUGAAUGUAAAUGGUAUAGCACUAAUCCAUUAAGAAAGAAGACAAUCAGUGAAAAUAAUAUAACCAGUAUAAAUAUACGUGGAUAUUGGUAUCAAGAUGAACCGUACAUCCUUGCUAACCAGGCCAAGCAAGUUUUCUAUCUUGAAGAUCCACUCAGAGGUCGCGAUUGGAAGGUUGUUGAAGAUAUUAGCCAUCGACAAAUUUGGGACAUUAAUGACAAUGAAGAUGAGACAGAUGUUGAUGUUGUUAAUGAUUCUAACUCUUCAAAUUUUGUGUUGACGGUUGAUCUUGGAGAGUUGAUUUUGCAAUCGAAUGAACCUCCAGUAAUUGUUGAAUCGUCCGAUCAGUUAGUGGAUUCUGAGAUAGAGAAUAAUGAACUUGAUGAAAAUUAUGUUGCCAAAGAACUAGAUGAUUUACUAGUUGAACAUGUGGAGGAUGAAAAUGAAAACUUGGUGAAUGAUGGAAAUGAUAGUGAUUCGUCGGUGUAA